AUGGCGGUAGCGGCGGUUUCAGGGAGGCGAGAACCUCCUUCAGCAAUGAAGAUGACCAUUCAAGAGGUAGGCAUGUUUGAACAAAUCAACCUGGUCCCUGUAAUCCCUGGUGCUUCCUCUGUUAUCCCCGUCAUGGCGAUAUUCACCGCUGAUCGAAUUGCUGAUAAGCGCAUGGUCUGCGACACUCAGGUUCGUUCCAUCGCGGUCAUUGCAGACCGGAUAAGAGCGGAUCUGGAAGAUUCGACUUCGGUGAGAACAAUCAGCACAGUGCUGCGGUCGCUAUCAGGUCUUGUGCUGCCACUGAGUCGGCCGACAAAGUAUGAGAGUCUCGUACUGGGCGGUGCGGAGAACGAAGGGGGAUCCGAGGUUGCAGGUUCGGCUGUGAUCGGUGAUAAGCAUGGGCCGAGGACCCAAACUGCCACGCCACGGCCGCAGCUGCCAAAUGCAGCGUGGCGGGUCGGUGGGUUGCCUGCUGGGGGUGGUUUAUCAGCUCGCCUCGCAGCCAUUGGUCUCUCUGACCCUUUCCCAACGACGCGCAACACUAAAACCCGAGCACCCCCGGCCAGGCCAGUGCACGCUAAUUCCUCAAUAUUCUCCGGCCUGCAGGUCUGGCGUUCCUUGAAUGGUCUCCCUCACACCAUGCCAGCCAUGUGUCCAGCACUCGAGUCAGUGCCAUUGCCCGCUCCGGGUGACGUGCCGUGCUGGCCUUCCAGACAAAACGAUAAACCCUAUUUCAGCAUCGGGGCUGGAUUCAUUCAGCUGAAGUUAUAA